AAAAUCUCUCGUCGAUCCGUUCUGUUCUGCCCUUGAGCCCGAGGAGUCGUCGUCGAGGGCGGCGGCGGCGGCGGAGUCGCGGAAGGGGGGAAGCCGGCGGCGGAGCCGUCGAGGCCUGCAGGGAGGGAUCCCGUCCGGUUCACCUGCGCCCCCAACUCCCCCGCCCGUUGAGUCUAGGGCCUCCUGCCCCGCCGCCUCGUCCGCCGACAAACCCUAAGCGGGUUCCCCCAACGAGGAGUUUAGUGCCAGUCAGAGUUGAAUCAUGGCGGAGCACUUGGCUUCCAUCUUUGGCACUGAGAAGGACAGGGUCAACUGCCCUUUUUACUUCAAGAUUGGGGCUUGCCGUCAUGGGGAUCGCUGCUCCCGUCUGCACAACAGGCCAACCAUAUCACCGACUCUUGUGCUUGCUAACAUGUAUCAGCGCCCUGAUAUGAUAACCCCUGGAGUUGAUGCUCAAGGCCAACCUAUUGAUCCUGAGAAGAUGCAGGAGCAUUUUGAGGACUUCUACGAGGACAUCUAUGAGGAGUUGGGCAAGUUUGGUGAGAUUGAGAACCUGAAUGUCUGCGACAACCUUGCUGACCACAUGAUAGGGAAUGUCUAUGUCCAGUUCAGGGAGGAAGAACAGGCAGCUGCAGCAUACAAUGCUCUUCAGGGCCGCUUUUACUCUGGCCGCCCGAUAAUUGUGGAGUAUUCUCCUGUGACUGACUUCCGGGAAGCAACCUGUAGGCAGUUUGAGGAGAACAGCUGCAACCGUGGUGGCUACUGUAAUUUCAUGCAUGUGAAGCAGAUUGGCAGGGAUCUCAGGAAGAAGCUCUAUGGGCAUUCCGCUUCCAGGAGAUACCAUGGGAGAAGCAGAAGCAGAAGCCCCCCUCCUCAAAGGAGGGGCCAUCGUGAUCGUGAUGAUUACCGUGGUGGUGGUGGUGGUGGUGGUGGUGGUGGACGGGGUAGAGGCAGCAGGCAUGACAGGUAUGAUGAUGGAGGGGGCAGAGGCGGCAGGCACGACAGGUAUGAUGACGGAGGAAGACGCAGGCAUGGUAGCCCACCCCCAAGGCGUGGGAGGAGCCCAGUCAGGGAGAGCAGCGAGGAGCGCAGGGCCAAGAUUGAGCAGUGGAACCGUGAACGCGAGGCAAAGCAGUGAGGUCGCUGUGGCAAGUGCCUCGUGGCGAGCACUGUUCGCUGGAGCGGCUGCUUAGCUCGCCUGUUUCCCGCUAUAUGCGAGGUGGGCCUGUGUUGGUUGAUAUUCUGCUUGGCUAAGGAACCUUUAAAGUGCAGGAUUGCUCAGUUUAUUCUGGUUAAUCAGACAUGUAAGCUUAAAAUAUUUCUAUCUGUAUUGCGUCGGAUCAUUUACUAGCUUGCGGUUGAAGCUAUCAUUGGUGUGAAAUCAUUCGUGGUGUUAGUGUGAUGCCAGUUGACUUGUCAUUGUAAUCACCAUCUCGUUUUCGGCCUUG